AUGACUCGUAUUAUCAUCGUUGGAGGAGGUCCUGCCGGUAUUUCAGCGGCUCAGGCACUAGCCAAGAAUCUCACCGUCAAUGACGGCACGGAGGUGGUUGUUUUCGAGAAGAGCAAGUACUACUACCAUGCCGUCGGCACGCCGCGUGCAGUCGUAGAUGCCGGUUACACCAAGAAGCUGUUCGUGCCGUAUGACAACGCCAUCCCUGCAGAGGCCAGAUCCUUCGUCAAGAUACAGCGCGCAAUCGUGACUCGUAUCGUGUCUGGCAACGAAGUGGAGUACACACCUAUCGACGACGACGACGAAAUUCUGGCUGGUCAAGUGAAGCGUCUGGCCUACGACUACCUGGUCAUGGCUACGGGCAGUACGUACACGGUUCCCCUUAAACAGCCCAAGAGCGACUUCAAACGCUCUACGACGGAGAAAAUGAUGGCGGAGUUGCGUCAGCAGAUCGAAAAUGCCAGCAGUAUUCUCAUUGUUGGUGGCGGUGCUACCGGUGCUGGAGUGGCUGGCGAGAUCAAGGCCAAGUUUCCUAACAAGACGGUGACGAUCAUUGAGAGCAAGGACAAACUACUCGGCACAGACAACGUGCGCGAGAAGUUUCGUGCUCGACUCUUGAAGUUUCUCAAGCGUCUGGACGUGAACGUUGUGCUGGGUGAGCGGCUGACGGAGCGUCUGAACGGUAACAGCUUCGAGCGUCGUACACUGCGCACGGACAAGGGAAGGGUGCUAGAAUCGGACAUCCAGUUGUUGUGUGGAGGAUUCAGCCCCACGACGGAGCUGAUCAAGAAUCUUGAUGCCGGGCUGGUGACUCCGCAGGGUUUGAUCAAGGUGAACAGCAAGCUGCAGCUAGAAAAUGCGCGGUAUUUCAACAUCUACGCGUUGGGUGACGCGAACAACAACUCUGCGCCCAAGCACAUGUUGUUCGCCAGUCAGCAAGGUACGCACCUCGGAAACGAGCUGGCGCUUGUGGCUCGUAAGACGCAGGACAAUGUCAGCAAGGAUUUUCCCAAGGUAGAGGUGGUGCCGGCCAUGGUCCCUCUCGGUCCGAACGGCGGUGUGUCCCAGCUUCCUUUCUUCGGCGGUGUGGUGUACGGCAAUUUCGUCACUAGAACUUUCAAGUCCAAAGAGUACUUUGCCAGUUUUGCGUGGAAGAACCUGAACGCUGAAGUGCCAAACUAA